GCGAAUUUUUGGCAAUUAAAACGGACGUAAAACUUAAUAAGAAUAUCCAGGAAGAGUGCGUGCCAUUGAAGGAGUAGCAAGUACUUAGGAAUUGCUAAAACAGACGUCUCGAUUCUCGUACUUCUUGUGCCCGUGUGUCCCUGGGCCUGUUCUGUGCUGCGAGCUGAGCUGCGUGUGUGUUUGUGCGAGCGUGCGAGUAGUGCGGAAGAUACAAAACCGCAUCAGACGGGACUGUUUUUGCCGGAACAACGAGGUUUUGGCAUUGGUCAAACAUUUUGGACUUAAAGAUAAACCCGGCCAGGAGACAUGUCAUCGAUUGGUAACCAAUUGUUGGCCGAUUCGGCAUCCAGCAGUAGCUCGGAUGCCCCAUUGUGCAAAAAGCGAAGAGUUGAGGGAAAGGCUUCGGCCGAUGAUGCCGGCCCCGGCCGAGCAUCGAGCAGCGGCAACAACAACUACGAAAAUCACGACAAAGCAGCAGGCGCCGUUGACAUUUCAAACAAGAGCGAGACAACAACAGUGCAGCAGAUGGAAUUGUGUGUAUCGUCGUCUACCUCUGACACAUGUGCUGUGAAUGCGAUGGCAAAGUGUGGAAACGAAACCGGCAGAGCCGACGACGUCAGUACAUCGUCAGCAGUUCAGAAAGAAAGUAGUGGCAGCCCGAAGAAGGAGAGUAAGAAUUGUGUGGGAAACAACGACAUCGUAGCCUCCUCAGCAGCAGCAGCCGUCCGCACAGUCAGCUCCACCAACAACUCCAACGUCAGUUCCAGCAACAACACCACCCCCAGCAACAGUAACAGUAAUCGGCCUACAUCAGGAGGUAGUAUGGCUGCCAGCAACUCCAAUGCCGUCGCCGGCGGAGACAUCGAUGAGUCUCUGUACUCGCGCCAGCUAUAUGUGCUUGGACACGAUGCAAUGCGUCGCAUGGCCAACUCCGACAUACUCCUCUCCGGGCUUGGCGGCCUCGGUCUGGAGACGGCCAAGAAUGUGAUCUUGGGCGGUGUGAAAUCGAUCACCCUCCAUGACACAGCAACUUGUGGGCGGAAUGACUUGUCCUCCCAGUUCUACCUCACAGAGGCAGACAUUGGCAAGAACCGUGCCGAGGCAUCGUGCGCACAACUGGCGGAGCUGAAUAGCUAUGUGCGUACCCUGUCCCACACUGGACCUCUCACCGAGGAGUUUCUGCGUCAGUUCCGCGUCGUGGUGCUCACCAAUUCGGACGCCGCCGAGCAGGAGAGGAUUGGCAAGUUUGCCCACGAGAAUGACAUUGCCCUGAUAAUAGCCGACACUCGCGGCCUGUUCGCCAAGGUGUUCUGUGACUUUGGCGACUCGUUCACCAUAUACGACCAGGAUGGUGUCCAGCCCGUGUCGACGAUGAUCGCCAGCAUCACACACGAUGCCCAGGGAGUGGUGACCUGCCUGGAUGAGACCCGUCACGGCUUCAACGACGGCGACUAUGUGACCUUCUCUGAGGUCCAGGGCAUGCAGCAGCUGAACGGCUGCCAGCCCAUCAAGAUCACUGUCCUGGGACCGUACACCUUCAGCAUCGGCGACACCAGCAGCUAUGACGAAUACAAGAGCGGUGGCGUGGCCACGCAGGUGAAGAUGUCCAAGUCGAUUAGCUUCAAGUCUCUAGAGGAGGCCACCAAGGAGCCAGAGUUUUUGAUCUCGGACUUUGCCAAACUGGACGCACCAGCCAACCUGCACGUGGCCUUUAGGGCCCUCUCCAGCUACCAGAAGACCAAUGAAGGCGCUCUGCCCCGUCCCUGGAACGAGGCGGAUGCCAACUGCUUCCUGCAGCUCUGCAAGGAAAUCAAGAGCGAUGUGGACGAGAAGCUGGUGCUGCAGUUCGCCAAGAUAUGCGCGGGCAACACAUGCCCCAUGGAUGCUGCCAUUGGCGGUAUUGUGGCUCAGGAGGUCCUCAAGGCCUGCAGCGGCAAGUUCACUCCCAUCCAUCAGUGGUUCUACUAUGACGCAUUGGAGUGCCUGCCGGUUGCGGGUGUCACCGAGGAAGAUGCCCAGCCCGUAGGCUCCCGAUAUGAUGCACAGAUUGCCAUCUUUGGGCGCAAAUUCCAGGAGAAGCUGGCCGACGCCAAGUGGUUCAUUGUGGGUGCCGGCGCCAUUGGCUGUGAGCUGCUGAAGAACUUUGGCAUGCUCGGUCUGGGCGUGGGCAAGGGUCAGAUAUUCGUCACCGACAUGGACCUCAUAGAAAAAUCGAAUCUGAAUCGCCAGUUCCUGUUCCGCCCGCAUGACGUGCAGAAGCCCAAAGCGGUCACAGCCGCCGCUGCCAUUAAGCGCAUGAAUUCCGAUGUGAAUGUCACCGCAUAUGAGCUGCGCGUUGGCGCUGAGACUGAGAAGGUGUUCUCCGAGAGCUUCUUUGGCAAGCUGCACGGCGUGGCCAAUGCCCUGGACAAUGUGGAUGCCCGAAUUUACAUGGACCGCAAGUGCAUCUUUAAUCGCAUACCGCUGGUCGAGACUGGAACCCUCGGCACCUUGGGCAACGUCCAAGUGAUUGUGCCAUUUGCCACAGAGUCGUACAGUUCCUCGCAGGAUCCCCCCGAGAAGAGCAUACCCAUCUGCACGCUGAAGAACUUCCCGAAUGCCAUCGAGCAUACGCUCCAGUGGGCACGCGACGCCUUCGAGGGCGUCUUCAAGCAGUCGGCCGAGAAUGCGGCCCAGUACCUUGCCGAUCCACAAUUCACCGAGCGCAUCCUGAAGCUGCCCGGCAUUCAGCCCCUGGAGAUACUAGACUCCAUCAAGAAAGCCCUGAUCGAUGAUAAGCCCAAUAGCUUUGCCGAUUGUGUGGAGUGGGCCCGUCUCUACUGGGAGGACCAGUACGCGAAUCAGAUCAAACAGUUGCUCUUCAACUUCCCACCAGAUCAGGUCACCUCCAGUGGCCAGCCCUUCUGGUCCGGGCCCAAGCGCUGUCCCGAUCCCCUCGUCUUUGACAUAAACGAUCCAAUGCACUUGGAUUUCAUCUGUGCGGCAGCCAACCUGCGUGCCGAGGUCUAUGGCUUGACUCAGUUGCGCGAUCGCCAGGCCAUUGCUGAGCUGGUGAAGAAGGUUAAGGUGCCAGAGUUUGUGCCACGAUCUGGUGUCAAGAUUGAGACCAAUGAGGCAGCCGCUGCCGCCUCGGCCAAUCACUAUGACGACAAUGAGGUGGAUCAGGAUCGUGUGGACAAGAUCAUAACGGAGCUGCUGAAGAAGGCCGAGAAGCAAUCGAAGAUCACACCGCUGGAGUUUGAGAAGGACGACGACAACAACUUACACAUGGACUUCAUUGUGGCCUGCUCGAAUCUGCGUGCCACAAACUACAAAAUCCCACCGGCCGAUCGUCAUAAGUCGAAGCUGAUCGCCGGCAAGAUAAUACCGGCCAUUGCCACCACAACAUCAGUGCUGUCCGGCCUGGCUGUGCUCGAGGUGAUCAAGCUGAUUGGCGGACACUCGGAGUUGACUAGCUUCAAGAAUGCCUUCGUUAAUUUGGCUCUACCCUUCAUGGCCUUCUCGGAGCCCUUGCCCGCCAGCAAGCUGUCAUAUUACGGAAAGGAAUGGACGCUGUGGGAUCGCUUCGAGGUCACUGGCGAGCUGACGCUGCAGGAGUUCCUAAACUACUUCGAGGAAAAGGAGAAACUGAAGAUCACCAUGUUGUCGCAGGGCGUCUCCAUGCUGUAUUCCUUCUUCAUGCCCAAGACCAAGUGCUCGGAGCGCCUGCCGCUGCCCAUGUCCGAGGUGGUGCGCCGUGUCUCCAAGCGCCGCAUUGAGUCCCACGAGCGUUCGCUGGUCUUUGAGAUCUGCUGCAACGAUGUCGAUGGCGAGGAUGUGGAAGUGCCCUACGUCCGCUACACCCUGCCCUAAGAUGUGCCGGCGGUCCUCAAACCCAACAUACAUAUAUUGUUUUAAUUUAUAACGUAAACUAUUUAGAAUAUAUCCCGUUACCGAGGCCUGGCGUCCCCAACACACACAAACACAAACAAAA